AGCAGAUAAGCUUGUUGGAUAUUUGACAAUAAGACCCUUAACAAACAGUAUCCAUAGCUAGUUUCAUGUCCCAAUGUCACCAUUUUUUCCACAGGAAUUAAAUAAUUGAAUCUUGUUAAAAUAUAUUUAAAAAUUAAUUAUCCAGACUCACAUUGGUCCAUAACGUUUGCAAUUAGCCUUUUUUUACACUACUUCAAGCUUUUUUUCUAAUCAAGCUCAAAUUUAAAAGGAAUGUAAAAGAAAUCACAACUACUCUCCAGAGUAGACAAAUGGUAUCUGUCUUGAUGAAUCACAUAAUUCAUACAUCUAUCAAAUGAUCUCCCACUUUAUGUAACGCAUAGUGCUUAAGUCAGUCUCUCCAGGUCACUCGUCUGUGCAACAGCUUUUCAGAGGCCAAGGAGUGGCAUAGGUAUACACCAGGUCACAAUAGAUGAUGUCAGGUUUACAGUUGACCAGAGAUCUUAAGUUGGAACAACAAAAAUGUCUGCAUGUAAAUCAGGCUUCAGUUCAUGUAAAUGAUAUACAGUGUAUCACAAAAGUGAGUACACCCCUCGCAUUUCUGCAGAUAUUUAAGUAUAUCUUUUCAUGGGACAACACAGACAAAAUGACACUUUGACACAAUGAAAAGUACUUUGUGCGCAUCUUAUAUUUUCCCCUCAAAAUAACUCAAAAUAUAGCCAUUAAUAUCAAAACCCCUGGCAACAAAAUUGAGUACACCCCUUAGAAACUAUAUCCCUAAAUGUCCAAAUUAAGUACUGCUUGUCAUUUUCCCUCCAAAAUGUCAUGUGACUCGUUAGUGUUACUAGGUCCAGGUGUGCAUAGGGAGCAGGUGUGUUCAAAUUUGUAGUGCAGCUCGCACACUCUGUCAUAAUAACCCUUUAUACUAAAAGUCACACGCAAUUUUAGUAUGUGCAUCGGUGUAGUUGUGCUGGGAAACCUGUUGUCAUAGCACAUUGUAUACAUGCAGCGCCCACAUCUUAGCACAUGCUAGUGGAUAUUGAAUUAAUAAAAAAUAGAGCUACGUUAUCUCAUGAACUAUUUCAUAUACUGCUGUGAAAAGAGCAGGGAGUGACUGACGCUAGCAAUGGACUGUUAGAAUCCACAGCCCUCUCUGUCAUAGUCCCCUUUUGAAAUAUUAAUGCUUGGCCGGCGUUUUGAGACUGUCUGAGACAUUCUUUAUCGGUGCAUAAAAACCCUGCAUUGAUUUGGGACUGCCUCAAAAGAAUAGAAAAGAAGAAUUGGCAACAUGUGGAGCAGAUCUUACUCUAAGAAGGCCUUGCAAAUGAGCAGCCCUGGCAGCAGAGUUAGGGUCCACAACCCGUCACAGUUCCGAGGCCACGGUUCCAUUUCAGGUGCCCAUGGAAGCCCUGCUUUGUGUGUGCCUGCUGUGGAACUGGGAACAGAGCUCCACCAGCCGUACGUCAAUGAAAAAGAAGAGAUGCAAGAGCUCAAUGUCAAGUUUGCCGGCUACAUUGGCAAGGUACAGUCGCUUGAGCAGAGGAAUGCUACUCUUCAGAAGGAGCUGACCAAGCUGCUGGCUUCCAACAAGGGGGCCACCAACGGCAUCGCAGAAGAAUACGAGCUGAAGUUUAAAGAAGUGCGGGAUGUGAUUGAAGCCCUGACCAAUGAGAAAGGGACAGCUGAUAUUGAAAGAGGCUACCUUGAAGAGGAAGCUGAAGUUUGGAAGGUAAAGCUGGAUGAAGAGCUGGCCCUUAGAGAAGAGUCAGAAAUGAUAUUGAGAGAGUUUAGCCAAGAUGUUGAUAACGCUACUCAGCGAAAGGCCGAGUUAGAGAAGCACAUCGAGCAGCUUGUGGUCGAGAUAAAGUUCCUGAAGCAGCUGCACGAUGAAGAAGUGGCUGACCUGUUGAAGCAGAUGGAAGAUUCCAAAGUGACCAUUGAAUUUGAUGAAGAGCGGCCCGAUCUCGCCGCCUACCUGCGCAACAUGCGGACAGAGAUGGAGGCUCUUGCAGCCCGCAAUGUCCAGGAGGCCGAGAAAUUGUACAAGAACAAGUUUGACACCCUCAAAGAGCAUGCCAGUAAGCAUGAGGAGCAGAUGAAAAUCACGAAAGAUGAGAUCGCAACAUUGCACGGGCAGCGGACAGACCUUCAGAGCCAGAUUGACAGCCUGAGGGCUCGCAACACUGCUCUUGAACAGAUGCUGGAGGGCAUGGAAGUAGCCCAUAUGGAUAAGGCGGCGAACCACAGGGAGGUUAUCACUCAGUUAGAGACCCAGCUUUGUGAGACCAAGCUUGAGAUGAACGAGCAUCUCCAAGACUACCAGGAAUUGCUGCACACCAAGCUCAAGCUGGACACAGAGAUCACCACCUAUAGGAAGCUGUUGGAAGGAGAGGAGCAGAGGCUGGGGAUAACCAAAGAUGACUGAUUGUCUUGAUAUUUGGCAAAAAGAGCAUUGUAGUGAGGAGCAAAAAAAAAAAAAAGCCAAUUGUCAGAUAUUCUUUGAAUUGGGGUAGUCAAGAAGGGGACUAAAACAUCAGGGGCCAUUUAACAUAGUCCUUGGAAGUGGAGCUGAAUUCUGUAUCCAUCUCUGUCGUAAGUAGAUAAAAAUAAAAUCUCAGACUUUUCCUGAAAACUCACAAAAGUCAGCCAUUAUAACGGAUAUCUCUGGCUCAUUCCGGUGGCUGUUUAUAGACAGAUGUCCUGAUAAUUUGUCAAAUUAACCUCGUAUACUUACGAGACCAGAAAUUUUUGAGAUAUUGUGGUCUAUAGGGUGCCCACCACUGCUCCAAAUUAUGCUUUUUAAAAUGUAUCACUCAUACUUCCAUGGAUCUGUUUUUAGGAAAAAGGUGAUAUUUCCGAAUGAUUGAUAUUCUAAACAAAUGCAAUUGAAGUAGUCUCUCCUCAAUCUGCAAUGAAUUAUUCAACAACAAUUUGAAGUAUAUGUCCAUCUAUGAUAACACUCUCAGGUAUACAUUUCUGGAAAUGGUGUCAUCCCCAGCCUAAUCAAUUUGCAUCAUUUACCCUGCCUGUCCAUUGCCCCAUUUUCCCAGCAAGUUCCCUUGUUACCCCAGUUUGUUCCCGGCCCUUAGUGCGUCAUUUUUUGACACUGCUUCCGAAAAUAGCUUCCCUUCCAUUCAAUUGCCUCUCCUCAACUGCUGCACCACCCCGCCUUACCCCAUUUGUCAUCUUUGGCAGUGUAAUGUCUCCUUCAUCCUACCUGAUACCGCAUUUCCUUUUCCCGCAUGUUUUCUAUCCUCAUGGUGUUUCCGCUCGUCAUGAUGUCAGUCACUUACUUCAGCUUGACACAUUUUUGUAGUGAGUGCUUCUCCUGAACAAAGUUUGGCUAUUUAAUCAAACCCUUCUGAGCAGCUGCAAACUAAUAAAGAUUGGAGUGAGUGCAUUUAAAACAAGAUAUUGAUUCUUGACCUCACUUGUGGGAUGUGUUACUCUUUUCCAGCCAGUAUAUUUUGUCUUCUUGUUACAGUAUCACUUUGUUAGUCGAUGUAUGAAUUAAAGCAACACUAGGGAACUUUUCAACAUUUAUAAAAUAUUUUCAUUAACAAUUGUGAUGAUAUGUCAACCGACAACAAGUUAAAUGACAUCUCUGUUAUGGCCCGAGGGCGUCUGUAUCACUUUCACUGGCAUUAAUUAACUUUGAGAAGGGUGGCAGGAACCCUGCCACACAAAAAAACUACAGAUGGGCUGACUGCUGUACGGCAUAAGUCACUUUUCCCAUUCGUUAUAAAGACUAAAGUCGGAGUGAACGGUUUCUUGCAAAUUCUGCAAAGAUGGCAGAGCAACAAAAGAGACAAAAAGUUUUGUUCAACGAGACAAAAAAAAAGAGGCUACCAGGAUAAAAGGAUACUUAAUGAUAAAGAUUUGCCCGGCUUUCACUCGCUGGCAUGACCCCCCCUCACCCGAACUCCUCGCUGAUGAGUUCGGGUGAAGGAGGAGGGCCGGUGGGGGAGUACGGUACAAAAUCAAACAUUUCUUAUUUUCAACAUCAUCAUAUGAUAGUUUAGCCACAACUGGAUUCAUUACCUCAUUACUAUUCAUCCUUCACACAGUCGCUGGAAACUGAAAUGUCAUUCAAUCCAACUGCAGGCGACCAGGAGAUCAAGAUUUUACGAUACUGUGUGUUACUGCUCAUGGGAAAUGCAGUCUUCCUUCGGGCAAACACUGCAGCUUUUUGUACACCUGCCGACCAAAACUGAAAGUUCGCUAGUGUUGCUUUAAGAUAGAUGUUGUCAAUUACAAACAAUAUUUGGACUUAGAGUAAAUUCUAAUACUACAUUAACCAAAAAAUAAUAGGUUUGUAAACUGCAGUUCGGGCAAAAUUCAUUUCACUCACCAUCCUUGCAACAAUCUUAUAAGAUUGUUUUUAUGGUCAAAUAAAAGUGCUCUAAAACGGUUUUGUUUACAUUAUUCUUCAUACAGUAGUCUUUAAUGUCUUUUACUAGGUUUGCAAAGCAAUUUGCGUUCAUACUUUCCAGAAUAUUGUUUUUCAAGCUAUUUUAGUUGGUCAUUUUGACUUGCCAAUGCAAACAGCCCGAUUUUCAUUAAUAUAGAAUGCGCUUGACUGGACCCAAUUUUAAUUAGUGGUGUCAAGCGUAUAAGGGUAGAUUUGUCUUUAUUAUUCCAUCAAAAAUUAUAUAUAUUUUCAAAUUUAAAAAAUAAACCCUCACUUUAACAAAAAAAUGUCUGAAUGCAAAAAUAUAGUUGAGAAUCAAAUAAUGCAUUUGAGCACUUUUUCUUUGAUUGACAAUAUUUUCUUUGAUAGAAGUGACGUUUUUUUGUUUGAAACAACUUGAUUGACGUAAUAUUGUUUUGUGUUGUGAACAAACAAACUUUCAAACUUUUCACGAGACUAGUCAAAAAAUAUAGAAAACAACCUAAGCCUUGUUCGGAGCUUCGCAUUUUUUUUUUUUUUUUUUUUUGAUGAAUAACAAGAAAGCCUUUUCGGAGGGGGAAGUUUUCAGAGAAGAUAUGAUUGUUAGUGACACAAUGUAAUAAUAUUUAUCUGAAUGACUUUUGAUGAUCUGCCACUGAAGCCAACAGCAAUUGGAAUUGACUCCUACAAUGUGGUGAAAUUUUUUGUGGAGAAAAAAAGGUGCCAUUAAUGAAGCUAGCGUCGGUGACAAUGGGUGGGUUCCCAGUAAUUAUCCCCCAGCAGUCUUUAUUGCGCAAUACAAAGGUCAUCCAGACUACCCUAAAUUUUGACAUUACCUCUGUAUCAUUCACUAGGAGACAAAAUGUGCAAAUGGCAUCUGUUCCAAAACCAAACAACACAGGAUGUUUCGUAUGCUUUUGGAGUUGUUGUCUGCGGAAUAUGUUGACCUCUUACUACACGCAGAAAUCCAAUGGCUUCUUUUGUCACUUCUGAGUGAAACCAAAUAUUUUAUGCAGUCCAAGGGGAAGGACAUAAAAUGGAUGCUUGAUGUCUGAUUUGUAACAGAUCUAACUGAGAAACUCAACCAGUAGAAUUGUGAGCUGAAAGGUAAAGGUAAUAUUGCUGCUCACAUGAUAAGUGCAAUAAAUCUAUUGAAAGCAAAGAAACAUUUGUUGCUGCAUUUACAGAGCAAAAAAAAUCCCACACUUUCCCGCUGUGCGGUCAGUGUUUUAUGAAAAUGGUUCUGACCCUACGGCUUUGGAUAAAGUAGUAAACAUGUACUUCCAAGUCAUCAAGAGUAGAGGUGGGAAUCUUGGGGAACCUCACAAUUCGGUUACGAUUUAGAGGCUACGAUUUGAUUAUAAAUAGAUUA